CGGAAGUAUCGUUGGCAACUUGGUUCCUUUUUAUGUGAGUUAGCUAACUUAACUUAACGUCUAAUUUACAGUCUCUGCUCGAUUCACACAUCAGAUGUUCUAGUAAUGGACGACUAUCAGACAGAAGAGACUACGUUCGUCGUUGAAGAUGUGAGUAAGAUCAUUAAAGAGGCAUUGGAAGCGGUCAUAGGAGAACACGACUACCAGCACAACAGGGUGAACCAGUGGACCAACCUUGUAUUGGAGCAGUGCCUCAGUCAACUCACCAAACUCUGGAAGCCGUUCAAAUAUAUUGUAACCUGUAUCAUCCUUCAAAAAAAUGGAGCAGGUCUGCAAACAGCUAGCUCAUGCUUCUGGGACAACACCUCCGACGGAAGCUGCGUAGAGAGAUGGGAGAACAAGUCCAUGUAUUGUAUCGUUACCGUUUUUGGAGUUGCCAUCUGAACCAACUAAAAUGCAAUUGAAGUAGUUGUGUACUUCUUCAAAACCACCAGGUUCUAUUUGGUCAUGUUGACUAAAACUGUUAUGUUUUUGUAUUAUGAGCUGAUUAAAACAAUCCUGUGCUGAA